AUGGGGAAGAAAUUUGCUCUGCAACAGUUCUGGUAUAAGGCCUCCAAGGCAGAGACUCUCUAUCUCAAUGCACUUUGUCUAUACAGGCGUUAUCAGAGAUCAGAGAAGCAGAACAGCAUCUCAAUAUCGUCUCUUCAUCUGCCAAAUCAAAUAGCUUAUCAUCUGACCUUUAGUUGUCCAAGGAAGUCGAUUUAUUUUCCUUAUCUGAUAGCUUCCCUCUCUGACAACUUAGCAACCCCACAGCUCAACCACUGUUCCAGCUCGUCACCCAGCUUAAAACAGCUGCUGCUCGUGGCUCAUUCUGGAUCCUCUCAGCUCAACAUGGCUGCUGCUCAUGGCUUGCAUUGGUUCCUCAGCUCUCUCUCAGCUCAUAUCUUUCUUGAGGAAGCU